CUUCAACGCAACAAUCACACAAGGAAGUCGCGCGGUCUGGUCGAAGCUUCCUCUAACUUCCUCUUUGACAUCACCUGUAGCCCUCGAUACCUUACUUCCAACGGAAUAAGAUGCGUCUCCUUCGCAGGGAAGACGACGGCAGCUUCAGCCUCACCGAAUUCAUGGGUCUAGACACUCCACUCUACGCCAUACUCUCGCACACUUGGGGCGCCGAUAGCCAAGAAGUUACAUACCAAGACAUCCUGCAAAACACGGGUCAUAACAAGAACGGUUACAAGAAGAUACACUUUUGCGCGGAUCAGGCUGAAGCAAACGACUUGGAGUAUUUCUGGGUCGACACUUGCUGCAGAAUACGCUUGACGUCGUUGCACGAAACUUUAAACUUGGCUAACGCAUCAAUCGAUAUCGCAGUCGAUAAGUCAAGCAGUGCUGAGUUGACAGAGUCCAUAAACUCCAUGUACCAAUGGUACAAGACAGCGGGGAUUUGCUUUGUUCUUCUAGAAGAUCUUGUUUCUGGACAACCACUGGACGCGUGUUUGACUUCCUGUCGUUGGUUUUCACGGGGGUGGACAUUGCAAGAGUUGAUCGCGCCGCAUUAUGUAGAAUUUUUCAACCAGAGUCUGCAGUUUGUUGGGACUAAACGCGAUCAUGCCGAAUUGAUUUCGGCUACCACUAAGAUUCCUCCUCGUAUCUUACUGGAAGGCGUCGAGGAAAAGUCGAUCUGCGUUGCCGCGAAGAUGUCUUGGGCUGCUGGACGCCAGACAAAACGUAAAGAAGACGCGGCAUACUGUCUGCUCGGACUGUUCAAUGUUCAUAUGCCCUUGAUCUACGGCGAGGGCGACCAAGCGUUUCAACGCUUGCAAGAGGAAAUCGUUAAACGACACAACGACAUAACUAUUUUCGCUUGGAACCCUCUUGAAAAGGGACUCCACGACCGAGAAUAUCUUGGUCUCUUCGCUCCUUACCCCGCAAAUUUUGCAGAGAGCUUCGCUAUUCGCCCCUUCACCGAUGUUUUCAUCGAGUUCUCUGCCACGAACAAAGGUGUUCUGUUCACUAGCGAAAUCCGCCUGCGUACCAAGUUUAUAACGCAACCAAUAAUCGCCCAUGUCGGUGUGUUUUACCUCUUUUGCCUUGGUAAAGAUUCUCAAUAUGGUGGUAGUGAGAGACAAAGGCAUACCGGCAUUUACCUUCGCAAACUUGGGCCACGUUUAUACUGUAGACUUGGUAACGUGGCGAUGGCAAGUAUUCCUUGGAAAACAAUUCGGGGAUUGAGCACACUCGACGUGACGGCAACACACAUCCUGAUUGAUCCGACGGUUGCGAUAACCAAAGUUCCCUUCCUUUACCGUAUGAGUUCGGUACAUGUCCCAUGGCGCGGCCCCGUCCGAGUUGACAAAGCAUACCCGACAACCCUAUGGGAUCAUACAGACAGUCUUUACAUGUCGGCGAGGUUCUAUGGAUGGACUUUACACCCCGUGGUACUAGCCCUAUCUGUUCGCGUGUGCAACGUUCCGUUGGUACUGCUAUGCGACUACAAAGUGGAACCACCAGUUUUGAAAGCAUUUCAACCACUACAAAGACCGCGUGAAACUGCACUCAUAUUCCAAGAAAAGUAUCGGGAGGAUGGAGCGUCCUGGCAAGAUCUGUUCCUCCAAUCUCCCAGCUUGGAGACGCUGAACGAUACAGUUUUUAUCGAUCAGGGAACCACGUCAAUGCGGAUUCGCUUCACCUUGGAGUCCAAGCAUAUACAAGUACUCUACAGGAAGAUCACUGCCAAGAGUCUCACUUUCUCAAUAGUACAUGUUCCCACAGGCUUGGACAAACCAUUGAGCCAAAGCAGACUUGAAACAGAACGUCUCGGUCUUGGAAGUUCUCCGACGCACAUGGGAUAGGUUACGUAGAGUUCGAAUACUUGUUAGAAUGAACUCGCUACAGGUCUUUCAAAUGCUGACGGUUGUCGUUUCGUACUUCAUACCUGCUGAGUAGACAAAUAGGCUCGUAAGCCUUGGAAGGAAUUGUCGCC